GCGGUGGAGGAGCGGGAGCAGGGCGGGGCAGGCAGUCAGAGAGGGCGGCAGACCGCGUGUCAGGACGGAUACUCGAUAUGCGAAUGACAGAGAGGCCGGAGGCGGGCGAGGAGUGACGUCCGAUUUGUGUGGAUGGGAAUGCUCGAAGCUCCAGACGAAUGGAUAUAAACACCGCCCAGGCGCAUCACUUGCGCAGCCAAUGGAGCCCGAGGCCUGACGAAAACGCAGUGGGCGCAGAAGCCUCACUGCCGCGCGUGAGCCCGCAAGGAUAUCCUCGGUCCGCCGCGACGAGGAUGUUUGGUGAGCGUUGCUGGCAAAACCCGGAGGGCGGCGUCCCGAUCGGGAAAUGUUGGAGAAGACGACGGCGAAGGCGGGCCACCAAGACACGUCGCCAGAUCCUGACAGCACGGCCGUCGGCAAAAGAAACGAGGAGGACCCUGAGCGAGGCUGGUGCGGUGCUGAAGCUGCAGCAGGUACAAUGCUCCGCGGGUAGGGCAGUCCUUGCACGCAGCUCCAAAGCCCAAACGAAGUCGGGCGACGAAGCAGGCCGGUCUAAGGGAUCGUCUCAGACAACUCAACGCCUACGUUUCGGCCACUUGAUAGCCCUACGAUGCGCUGGCGUUCUUCACGACUGGAGUCUCGUCGCGCACAGGACGAUAUGGAGCAGGUGCAGAAAGAAGUGAAGCGUUCGGUCCGAGUCAAGACGGAAGUGCGACAGUCCUGCUAUAUUUGUAAACCUCGUACCGGGCCCACAGGCAAAGAAAAUGGUCCUGGUAAAAGCCCUCAAUGAAAAGAGUCGAGCAGGCGU